AUGCCCAAACCCGCCAAUAAUCGUCCAAGAGCAGAGUCGGAUCCGCUCAGCAAGUGGCUGCAGCCCAACGGUGUAGAGACUCCCCAGGAGCGCGAGGCUCGUCUCCACCAAGAGGCCCAGGCCAAAAAGAUUAGCGACGCCAUUGACGAGCAGCUCCGAAGGGAAAAGGCAGAGCUCAGCAAGAAGAAAAAGGAAGUUCGAAUCCUCCUCUUGGGUCAAUCUGAAAGCGGUAAAUCUACUACGCUCAAGCAAUUCCAACUUCUCUACGCACCGUCGUCCUUUACCACAGAGGCGCCUGCGUGGCGGCCAAUUAUUUAUCUAAACCUCGUCCGCUCCGUCCGGCGGAUCCUCGAAGUCAUCACUCUCGCAGAACUCGACUAUGAUUAUGACGACCGCGCGUCUGUCCUUUCCUCACCAGCCCUUGACGGGCGGCGGCCAUCCAUCAAUCUCAACAUCUCCGACGCAGAGAUGCACGCCUUUUCUUCCCUUCGUAGCACGCUCUCACCACUCCUCGUGCUUGAAGAUCGCCUUAUCAAUCUUCUCUCGGACCCAGAUGAAGAAUCCGGCGAGGCGACCCAUUUCAGUGAGCAGGCCUCGCCCAUCUAUCCCACGGGUCAGAAUCACGUCGGCGGGAGAAGCAAAGAAGUAUGGGUGCAAAAUGGGCGCAAUGCUGGUGGAUGGAAGCGCGCAUUGGGCAAACUCGGACGAAGGCGGGAUACACUCUCGAGCAACGGCCACGCCGGUGGCACUGUCAACUGGACCAUGGACCCUGACGACCCGAUUCACGUCCUGAGACAAUGUCUCCCUGACAUGGAAGCUCUCUGGCAAGAUCCACGCGUCCGCAAUGUAUUGCGCGCACGACGGAUCCGUCUGGAGGAGAGCCCCGGAUUCUAUCUCAACGAUAUGCGAAGGAUCGUGUCGAGUUCGUAUGUUCCCACCAUUGACGACGUCCUCAAGGCGCGGCUCAAGACGCUGGGCGUAAUGGAACAUCGAUUCUCAUUGGAUGGUCCGAUGAGUGGCGGUGGUUCGCUCUUUGGGAGCAAGAUUAACCCGCAUGCCGAAGUCGAGUGGGUUAUCUACGAUGUGGGCGGAGCGCGUAAUCAGCGACACGUCUGGGCCCCCUUCUUCGACGACGUCCAAGCGCUCAUCUUCUUGGCGCCCAUUUCGGCGUUUGACCAGGUUCUCACAGAGGACCCAAGUGUCAAUCGCAUGGAGGACAGUUUGUUGCUGUGGAAGAGUAUCGUGAGCAACAAGUUGCUGAAAAAUGUCAAUCUCGUGCUGUUCCUCAACAAAUGUGAUCUACUCCAACAAAAGCUGGAGGCGGGGACAAGGUUGGCGACGUACAUGACGAGCUACGGCGACCGACCAAAUGACUUUGAGAGUGUUUCUAAAUACUUCCGCAACAAGUUUGCCGCUAUGCAUCAAGCGAACACGCCAAACCAAGAGCGCGACUUGUACAUCCACAUGACGUCUGUCGUCGAUACUCAAGCGACGAAGAAAAUCAUCACGAACGUCCGUGAUAUCCUCCUCCGUGACUCGCUCAAGGGCACGAAUUUGCUAUAA